UUCCUUACUUUACAUUUAAAAAGCCAUUCACAACUAUACUUUGUUACACCUUACUCAUCUUCAUAACCACCUUUCAUUUUCUCUUUCUUUCUAUCACCGGGAAACCACCAAAAACCACUUUCCACCUCCACCUAAACCACCAAUGUAAUAUUUUACAAUCCUAUAUCCUCAGCAAUGGCGCCAAAGCAACAGUCGUCGGCGACAACAACACGUGACCUACGCCACCGUAUACUCACGUGUACGACAAAACUUUCCGACAGGGAUACACUUUCACAAGCAGUGUCGGAACUAGAAUCCAUCAUUCCGACAUUAACCUCAGACACAUUCUCUAUUUACAUUAAUUCUCUCUCCUCCACGUCAAGCGCCGACCGUACCUCGGCACGUGUGGCGUCUCUCAAACUCCUCGCUUCUCUCUCCUCUUUCCAUGGCGUCUCACUCUCUUCUCACAUUCCUAAACUAAUCUCAGCCGUCGUUCGUCGUCUUCGUGAUCCUGACUCCGCUGUCCGAUCUACCGCCGCUUUAUUAACCGCUUCAUACGCUUGCCACGUCAAUCAUUCUCUCUCCUCAAUUUUCCGACCACUUUCCGAUUCUCUCUCAUCUGAGCAGGAGUUAUCUGCUCAAUCUGCUGCCGCAUCGUGUUUGUCGUCGGCAAUUGAGGCUUCUCCGUCGCCGGAUGUUUCGUUGAUUUUGAAGGUUUUGCCGAAAUGGAUGAAGUUGCUGAAAUGUGACGGGUUUAAGGCGAAAGCUGGGUUGAUUGUGUUGGUGAAAAGUGCGAUUAGGGUCUGCGAGAUUGGGAAUUGUAAUUUGUUGAGGGAUUUAGUGUGUUGUUUGGUUGAAUUUUUGAAAUGGGAUGAUUGGAGUGCGCGAAAAGCUGCUGCUGAAGCUUUGAAAGAAAUUGCUGUUGCGGAGAAAGAUGAUUUAUCCGAGUUGAAAUGUUCUUGUUUAAAGAUAAUUGAAUCCAGGAAAUUUGAUAAGGUGAAAGCCGUUAGAGAAGUGAUGAAUAAGCUGUUGGAGGUUUGGAAGGAGAUUCCUGAUGAAUUUGGCGAGGGAUCACCACCACCUCAAUCUAACGAUUCCUCUAGAGAAAAUGCCAGUGACGGAAGAUUCCCUGCCAGAUCUAGGGUUUCUAGUGCAGUUGACUCUAACACUUCUCAAAUUAGCCAAAAACGUGUUAUGUUUAGAAGAUCAUCGCCAUCUGAUAGUGCUUUGAAAACCACCGCUAGAAAUAGAGGUGCCCAUGAGGUUACAGGGAAGAGAUCAACCUUAUUGGCUCUCUCGAAGUUAAAUGCCAAGAAGUCUUUAGAUUCCAAUGCUGAUGCUACUGAUCUUCAAGGUUCAUCUGUAACUCCGGGUUAUGCAGAAAACUCAGCGGGUGAUGUCAAAGAUGUUAUACGAAGGGCAGAUGUCAGACCGUCAAAGCAAGAAACUAAGCGAGGUCUUUUUAGCAAGAAUCCUGGUUCUCGUGUGGUGCCAUAUCCUGGCGAUGGCUCCGAAGUUGUUGCUUCUAUCAGUGAUACCUCUGCAAAUGUUUGUAGACAUCACAAAGACAUCGAUGAUAUUUCUUUAAUCCGUAAGCAGCUUGUUCAGAUUGAAAACCAACAAUCCAGCUUGAUGGAUAUCCUCCAGAAAUUCAUUGGGAGCUCACAGGACGUGAUGCGCACUCUUGAGACGCGUGUGCAUGGAUUAGAGCUGGCAUUAGAUGAUAUUUCGUAUGACUUAGCUUUAUCAAAUGCGAGAAUGUCUUCUUCUGGGUCUACAAGGAGCUCAUGUUGCUUGCUGCCUGGUUCAGAUAUUUUUAACCCCAAAUUUUGGAGGAGACCUGAUGGCCGUAGCUCUGCCUCACGUUUCUCCUUUUCCGGUGCAAAUUCAGUUUCAGCUUUGCGAAGUUUAGCUGAUAAGAUGUCAGGUGAUGCAGUUGGACUUGAAAACAGGAGGUUUAGCCUUCGAGGUUCUGGUGGAGUUAUCAUGAACCCAUUGGCUGACAUCCAUGGUGAUUCAAGGGGAGCUUCAAAGGCAUCAAGUAGCCUGAGUAUUCAGGAGUAUUCGUAAUGUUGCUUAACUUAUUGGAUGCUCAUCAGUAGACAUUGGUCACUCAUAAAGAUGAGCUGAAAUGGACUGUUCACUCCAGGAAGCUACUCAAGCCAAACAUUUAUUUACUGCUGGCUUAUCUACUACAGUCAAGUUAUUUAUGUUACUGUUGAUACCAAAGAAGAAUAGCUGAUAUUAGUUGAUUAGACUAGAAUACUACAGCUUCUUCUCGCUUCCCGAGAGAUCGAUAGAAGCCAUUAGAGGAAGUUUCUACUAAGUUAAAACUACGAUAAAAGGCAAAGCUACUAUGCAAUACGAAGAUUGUAAUGUGGUUAUAGAGAAAGUUCGUGUUUUUGGUGUUCUCUAUUCGACAUAGUGCUCCCACGUCUGUUUAUUAGUUGAUAACUUGAUACACGACUACUGCUAGUCUGCUACCGACUAAUAUGGUGACGUUUGAUAUCGUGAAAGCAUUCUAGUUUUGUUAUAUCCGAGUAUUCACGCUUUAAAGCAAAUGUAAAUCUAUGUUAAGAUAGUUUAGUCGAUCUUUUAUCGUUAUGUAAUGCAUAGUGUGAAACUAUUUCUAGUGAUUAUUGUUGCUGUAUGAUUUUAUAGGACAAUUAAUUAUAAACUUAAUCCCCUGUUUUGUAAUUAAUCAGAGAUUAAGUGUUGGUAGAAGUUUAUUUUUGCUAUCUUGUCAAGUUAUGCAGUAAGAUCUUUUGAGAAGAUGGUUGUUCCCAUAAAAAGUAACAAGGGGUUAGCAGGGCCCGAAAUGUUUUUCCGGGGGACUCACUCCGACGCCCUAGUCAGUAUCAGUUUAAGACAAGUUGCCUAAUAGGUCCUUCAAGAGUACUGUGGCUACAAGGUGGAUUACUACUUAGGAUUUAUUUAGACGUAAGGUCUUUUCUAUUUAAUAUCUGACAAAUGUUCUUUUGUAGAUUGAUCAGAACAAUUGUAAUUACUUUUAGAUUUGAGAUAAUGCUAUCAAUAUUCUUCUAAAAAUCAAUGUGGAUCCUUGAAAAGCAGUG